AUGGAUUUCGCGUGGAGCGAUGAUGAGGAAACCGAUGAAGUGUUGAUGGAAGUGUCGCAACAACUGGAGGAAAAGGACAUUGUGGCAUCCCAGCCAAAUGGACUGCCUCCGGAGGCUUACCAUCUCUCUCACUUUGUCUGCACCGGAAAGGACACUCCCAAUGCAUCCUUUCACAGCAUCUCCUUCAUGGAGAACAACGAUUUGGCCCUGAUCAGCAGCAGUAGAAGAGUAAAUGUCGAAGAGUUUGCUGUAUUCAAUCUCACAACUUGUCAGGAUGUGUUCCUGGAGCGGAAUCUCUUCCCAGCGCUAUUCCUAAUGGCCAGGACAACGGCAAUGGAACUGAAGUGUGGGAAAAAACUGCCCAGAGGAGUUCCUGAGUCGAAUUUUGAGAAGAGAAUGCACAUCACUCAUCUUCUGCACUACACAAGAUGUUGCUCUCAUUUGAUCGCUCAGGAGGAGCUGCUGAGGAAUCUGAGAGUCCUGGAGUACAUCCUUGAGGCAGAGAGCUCAAUACCCAGCCAAAAUAUCCUGCCCACCAUUUAUAGCAAUGCCACAUCUGCCACUCAUCACUUCUUCCACGGAUAUCUGGAGUGGCGAUGGCUUCAUCUCACAAUUCUCGUGCGGAAGCAUCAAGAAAACACACUGGAGAGUGACUUCCGGCAGUGCCAGAGUUGGCAGAGGAUCCUCGACGUCGUGAACUUGUACAUUUUCGAUUUGCUGCGAAUUUCCCUCAACAAGUUCAACAGUUUGAAGCUGCAGGACAUUCUUGGCGCCACUCCUUUCUCCUGCACUUGCGUCAGGGAGUCGUGGUUGCUCGUGAUCUCCCUGCUGGAGAUGUUCCGAGAGAGGAUCUCCUUCUGGGAUAUAUUCUCAUCGGCAGUGACCUGUCUCUUCUGUCCCUCGAGCUGCGAGAAGAUCGCAAAAGUGCGCUCUGGUCCGGGAAAGUGUGAGAAUUCGCACAUCUUCACCAUAUGGAUGAUGCUGCAUCUCGUGGGAUUCCAGGAGAAGGGCAUUCCCCAGAGCACCCUGCAGGAUGUGGAUCUGCUGAAUCGAUCCGUGAAGUUCUUCUUCGCCGAAGAUCCAUCUGAGUUGGAAGUGCGCGUGGCAAUCCGCCUCGUGGCGUCACUCAUCCUGGACUCCUGGACGUCGGCAAUUGAUGUGAUUGUGCAGUUUUGGGAGCACUUCCACAAGAAGAUCAACACCAACUUCUACAUUGCCAGCGAUGGCAUGAAUUCGCUGCUGGUGGCGAAUGAUUCCGCGAUGAGUUACUUAAAAGCUGCCCGGCUGCAUUUGGACACGCCCAUCAAGAGUAUUCCGUCCACACAGACCAGCUUCGUGACUUUCUGCCAGAUCAUCGGACACUUCCUGAAGCGAUUCGGCCAGAGUGACUUCAUGAAGAGCUUCCAGAAGAUCACAGGCAGGAUUUUCAUCAAAUUCACCACGAAGAAGUGGCUGUCGAUGAACGAGACGGGCAUUCACAAUCUCAUCAGUCUGCUCGUGAUUCUGGCCAGUGUUGGUGAUGAGAAGAUUGUGGAGAGAGUGGAGAACAUUUGUCUGCUCAUUCCUCUGCAAGAUCUGCCAACUGCCCGACAAUCUGCUGCCUCUAAGGGAUUAAUAGCGCUCCUGAUCCUCGCCUUCAGACACUCUCGACAGUCUCUGUAUCCCAGGAAGCUCAUAAUGAAACUCAAUCUGGAUCGUGAUGGGAAUUCGUGUCUGGAGAGCGUGACAAAAGUCUUUGCCCAUGGAAUGUGUGAUAUUUUCACAGAGUCUGAACACUUUAGCAGCAAGGAACACAUCCUGGUGACUCCGUGGCUGCCGAAGUAUCUGAAAUCCUGUUCGGAGAAUGACAGAGAAUUCCUCCUGAACCAGCUGAACAAGGCGCUGGUGAAGAUUCAACAUAUCCUGUCCAGAGGCGAUGAAUCUGAGAGUCUUCAAGAGUUGCUUCGUGUCUUCUUCUAUCGCGUCCUUCCCUACGUCAAGGAGGAGUAUGAGAACAGUGAGGGUGUCCUGUGGCUACCUGAACUCACAGGGAAUUUGUGUCUCGCCGCAUCGGGUCAGAAUGGACUGCCCAAGAUUGAGGAUCUCUUCUGCAGCUUCAUGGAGAUGAACUGCAAGAACACCAAAUGCUUAUUCACACUCUUCUCCAUGAUCGCCACGUCGGACAAGGUGUCAGCGGUGAAUCCCAGUCUCCUGAUCCAUCACUGGAUUCGCUGCAUGAUCUUCUGCUCAUCCGCCUCGAGUGAGGAUCUUCGCCAGGCCACAGAAGCCAUCGCUUCGCUACCUGAACUCCAGGAAGUCUGCGCGAUCAGUCGGGAGGAAUUUCUGGCAUCCAGAGAACCCUUCUACGCCUUUCUCUUCGGCAUUGGGCAGAAAUACCAGCAACUCGAUGAUCUUCACGUGCUUCGCGAUCAGAUGGCGCUGUCGAAUAAGUUUCACAACUACAUCAAGUCCUUCGAAAAGUGGGCGCUUCAAGGACUCGACACUCAAGAGGGCGCCAACAAUGUCUAUCGGACAAUAGCCGUAAUCGUCCUGCACUGCCCACAAAUAGUGUAUGUGAAGAUGAAGUCAGACUGUUUCCUAAAGAUUGUGGUGUCGGAAUUCAUCCUUCCGGCGUCACUGAAGCUCGGCAAAACGCAAUCGAUCAACGUGAUUAAGGCUAUGAUGAAGAUCUUCCCGGUAUUUCUUGAGGGAAUUGCCAAGCUGGACUUCAAGAGUGAUUCAUAUCUGACAUUUGUGAUCUCUAAUAUGAUUCUGCACUGGAUUCCACAAUUCAAGACUGCCACAAAUGCCCACUUAGCCGCCAAGCCUCUGGUCAAGUGCUUCUCGUCGAAAUCUCAGGAUAUGAGUCGCUUCAUUCUCGAGAAGUAUUGCGAGUGUUUCUUGCCACAAACACCGCGCAAAGGCACUUCGCACGCUUCUCUGGCCAUCAAUGUGCUCAAGGAGAUCUUCAGCCAAACCAGCAGCUCCGAAGGAAUCUUCCAGUUGCUGCUCGAAGUCACGUGCGUUCCUCUGAUGGAUCACGUGCUGAUGUGUGAUGAGUUCGCGCCUGGAAAGAAAUUGGUUCUCGAACUGCUGGAGUUUGUCUUCAAGAGCGAAGCAUACAAGAAAGAGGCGAAAUAUCGUCAGAUGAUCGUGGAGAACCUCAAGAGACUCACAACCACUAAACUAUCCUUUCAAACUUCUGCCUAUUUUUUAUUCAUGCUGAAAAUGGCCACAGUGAAUCCAAUGGCUGUGCAGGACUUGCUUCCCUUCCUCAAGGAUCAGAUCAUUGAUGUGGAGUUUCGACGCGGUUCCGGACGCGAUGCGCGCCUUCGUCAGCAGCUGAACAGCUUGGAAGACGCCGUGAUGGCGAAGAAAGGCAAUUGUUAGUCUCAAUGGGUAAAUUUAUUGUUUUUAUUCCUCUUCCUCUCAAAUUCCACUACAAAAAAAAACACUUAACAUGAUUUAAAGACAAUAAAUACGAUAGAAUUGUAGUGUGAAAGGUCAAUUCCCAAAAAACGGAGAACCAUCAUUUCAGAAAGUUAAGGAGCUACAUUUUUAUGAAAUUUGCAUUAUUGUGCUCACUUUGUUGAUUUCUACUUGUUAAACCUACUGAAAAAAUUCAUUUAUCUACCUAAAAAUAUUGCAUUCAACAAUUAUUGAUGUGGACGAAAACACGGUUAAAGUUCACUGUGGAUUUAAUUUCACAGUUAAACCUUAAGCGCCGCCCUUUUCAAAUCACUGGGUUUAUCUACAAGUCGUUGCUCUUAAUUUUAUUGUUCUUUGAAUUAGAGAAAGCUCAGUGAAUCUCCUUUGAUUUGCUCGUUCUGAUCGAGGAAAAAGCUUAACACCAUUUAUUUUUUUCUUUCUUCUUCAUCAUCAAUUUGAUGCG